UCUGUCCAUGCCCUGUCCGUGUUCUGUCCAUGCCCUGUCUGUGUUCUGUCCAUCCCCUGUCCGUGCCCUGUCCAUGCCCUGUCCGUGCCCUGUCCAUCCCCUGUCCAUCCCCUGUCCAUGCCCUGUCCAUGCCCUGUCUAUCCCCUGUCCAUCCCCUGUCCAUCCCCUGUCCGUGCCCUGUCCAUCCCCUGUCCAUCCCCUGUCCAUGCCCUGUCCAUGCCCUGUCCAUCCCCUGUCCAUGCCCUGUCCAUCCCCUGUCCAUGCCCUGUCCAUCCCCUGUCCAUCCCCUGUCCAUGCCCUGUCCAUCCCCCGUCCAUCCCCUGUCCAUGCCCUGUCCCCUGGCCGCUGGCUCCUGGCAGGCUCUCAGUGUCUCCCCGUGUCCCCGUUCCGGGGGAUGUCCCCAGCGAGGGACACCCUGUGUCAGUGUUACCUGUCUCCUGUCCCACAGGCGGUUUCCUGUGCCUGACGACGAGGAGCAACCCCUCGAACCUGCGGUACAAGGCGGAGCUGGAGGCGGCGCUGGGGCAGCUGGAGCGGAGCGGAGCCUGGCAGAAGCUGCUGGCCCAGGAGGUGGAGUACUGGGAGAGGGCCACCAGCGAGGAGGAGAGCACCCGGGGCAAUGGCUACAUCUCUGGAAUCGUCUACAUCUACCAGAAGUGCCCUGUCCCCCACCUCGAGGAGGACUGAGACCUAGCAUGGCUCUGGGGGAGCUGGGGGAGGAGGGAAGUGUGAGCACCCUGAUAAAACUGAGCCCGGUGACCCCCUCCUGCAGAAGGGCAGCUGCUGGGGGUGACAGUAUUUGGGGGAAAUUUCCCCUUUCCCUUCCUUCUCUACCUUCUCACCGAGGUCUGGGCUUGGGGUCCUUGUCUCUCCUCAGCACGGGAAGGGUCUCCUGGAUUCACCAGGGUCUCCUGGGCACCACCUUUAGCUCUGACAUUCAGGUAUUGCCCCCAACACCUCACGCUCACCAUGACAUCUCACAGACCCACAUGGCUGCUCCAAGAUAUGUCCAGUCUGGGUUGUCUUCUCCCCACUUCACCCACCUCAGCACUCAUGGUCAAAAUCUGGAUUCUUCUUCAUCUCCUACCCCCAGAGUCUUUACCUGGGGACUGUUGGAGGUGGGUCCCCAUCCUCAUCCUCCCCAGGGACUGACCCAGUGCUGAGGUGCAGGAGCCUCCACAUCCAGAGUCAAAGCAGCAAUGCCAAGGUGGCUCCCAGCUGGACGGGCUGUCCAAGUGCCACAUCUGCCUUUCAUUCCACAACAGCUGCUUGCAUCUCUCAUUUUCCCACAGCUUUGUAGUUAAUGGUCUGGGUGGGGAAAUGAGUUUGGAAGAGAUUUGGGGAGCUGGUGGCUUCUCCCUACCCAGCACUGCCUGCCCAGCCUGUUCCUCCAGCCCCUUGAUGGGCUGCCUCCACAAUUUCUCCUCCACUGCUCCCUUGGGAAGUUUUUUACCCAAAUCUCUUGCUGGAAUAUUUGGGGUUCUUUUCAUUUUUUCCUUUCCUCAGACCUGUUCCUGCUCAUCCUGUUCCCAUGUUCCUGGAGAACAAGUUGCAUCCAUCCCCUCAGGAGCUGUUCCUCCGUGUGAGGACUGUGUCUGUCCCUGUCGCUCACCCAGGGCAUGCCUCAUCUUCCAUACUCGCCCUCCCCAUGGCUCUUGUCACCCUCCUGCUUCGUCCCCCAUGUUUUGGGGUCCCUGUGCCCAUCAGUAGCUGUCCUGCUGCUCCCUCCCCGUUUGUCUCUAGCACUUUCCCCUGGGCAGCUGGUGGUUGUGGCUGUCCCCAGCCCUGCACUUGCCUGUUCAAUAAAGCUGUCCCUGCUGUC